CCCCCAGCGCGCUCCAGGCCUGUCAGGGCUGUUCUUUCCCUUUGUCUCGGCAGGAGAGAGGGAGCGAAACGGGGAGAGAGAGGGUCGCUGGUUCCUGAACAAGUGUUAGGCGUUAGAGGGCGGCUUGGAAGGAAACUCAAGGAGAUUUAUACAGCAAUUGAAGGGCAACCUGUUAUUCUCCACCUGUCUUUCUAUUGUUGUUUUAAAAAUUAUUUUAACAUUUUGGAGAGUUUGUUUUCUUUCCUAAGCCUAAGCGCUCUUGUGGAGGCAGUAACUAGUGAAGGUUACUCUGUGAUUCUCUGGGUGCCUGGUCGUUCCGAACUCAGACCAUGCGUUCCCUGUGGCUGCUCCUGGUCCCGUGCCUGUCCCUGUCCCUGGCGCCACUCGUCCAGACCGAGAAGGGCCUGGAGUUCCCUCGCUAUGAUGGGAACGACAGGGUCAUCGACAUCAAUGACAAGAACUACAAGAAGGCUAUGAAGAAGUACAGCAUUCUCUGUCUGCUGUACCACAAACCCAUCCCUGACGGCAAGGAGCUGCAGAAACAACACCAGAUGACUGAGAUGGUGCUGGAGCUUGCUGCCCAGGUUAUGGAGGAAAAGGAGAUUGGGUUUGGAAUGGUUGACUCCCACGAAGACGUCAAGGUUGCCAAGAAGCUGGGCCUGGUGGAAGAGGGAAGUGUGUACGUGUUCAAGGGAGACCGUGUGAUUGAGUUUGAUGGCCUGCUCUCCGCAGACACCCUGGUGGAGUUCCUACUAGACCUGUUGGAGGAGCCCGUGGAGGUGAUAGGAAAUACUCUGGAGCUGAGGGCCUUCGACAGGAUGGAGGAAGACAUCCGUCUUAUUGGCUACUUCAAGAACGACGAAUCAGAACACUACCAUGCAUUCAAGGAGGCUGCAGAGCAGUUCCAGCCCUACAUCAGAUUCUUCGCUACCUUUGAGAAAUCUGUGGCCAAGGAGCUGACCCUGAAAAUGAACGAGGUGGAUUUCUACGAGCCCUUCAUGGAGGAGCCUGUCACUGUCCCUGACAGGCCCAACUCUGAGGAGGAGAUCGUGGCCUUCGUCACUGAACACAGGAGACCAACACUGAGAAAACUGCGUGCUGAGGACAUGUUUGAGACCUGGGAGGACGAUUUGGAGGGGAUCCAUGUAGUGGCCUUCGCAGAGGAGGAGGACCCUGAUGGUUAUGAGUUCCUGGAGCUGUUGAAGGAGGUGGCCAGAGACAAUACCCACCACCCUGGUCUCAGCAUCAUCUGGAUCGACCCUGAUGACUUCCCCCUGCUGAUCCCCUACUGGGAGAAGACCUUCCACGUGGACCUGUUCAAGCCUCAGAUUGGUGUGGUCAACGUUACUGAUGCUGACAGCAUCUGGCUGGAGAUAGACGAACAGGACCUGCCCACAGCCCAGGAGCUGGAGGAUUGGAUAGAGGACGUCCUGUCUGGCAAGGUCAACACCGAGGAUGAUGACGAUGACAAUGAUGAUGAUGACGAAGACGACAACGAUGAUGAUGACGAAGACGAUAGCGAUGAUGAUGACGAAGACGAUAGCGAUGAUGAUGACGAAGACGAUAGCGAUGAUGAUGACGACGACGGAGAUGAUGACGAUGAUGAAUAAUUAAAAAACUACAAAUUUGUAAUCCAAAAUUCAUAACAUUGUUGUAUAGUCUUCACUGUACUAUCAUCAAAAUGAACGAGUUCAGGGAGAGAGGAAUAGAUCUAUAUGCUUUUAUAAAAUAUGUUGUACAAUGUGUACAUCACUGGCCAAAAUCAACCUUUCUGCAUUAGAAGAAAACCCAUCAACAGAUUUUGUUUUUCAAGAAUCUGAUAAAAAUACUGUAGAUAAACUGAAAUCUAUCUGAAAGAGAGAAGUAACAAUAUGUUGACCAACAGAGAUACUUCAGAAAACCCCAAACAGUACUUUCCAUCCUUCCCUUAAUUCUACUAAUUUAUAACAAUGACUGGCAACCACGACAAAUACAUCAAUCUAACUUUAGUUUGAUCAAUGAAGUGCUGCUGUACACUAUCCUAAACCUCACUGAAGUCACUGAUAAUGUUGGCAUCUUUGUGUGCUUUUCUGUGCCCUCUAUUAUAUACUCUGUGUAGAUAAUUGCAUUUUAGGUUCUACUUCCUGGAUUCAGUGCAAAUACACACCUGUCUCUCCCUUUCCCAAGGGCUAGAUCUUUGUCAUUACUAUUGACACUUUCCAAUUUCCACAACACUUUCUCUCCUUUCAUCUCCUCCUCCUCCUCUCCAUCUCUGUAUUCAUGUGUGUUUGAGUAUGCAACAGCUGCAAAGUGAGAUAAUAUCAGCAUUACACACCCAGAUGGGAGAGGAAAGCCUAUUUAAAUGCAAAUUCCUCAAGUCUCAA